AUGUUGUCUUCGACCUUCUUCGUCUUUGCUUUCGUCGCAGUUUCUGCCUUUGGCAAGCCAACUCCGAGGCAAUGUGGAACAGCGGUUCUGAGCGAUGCGCAGGUUGUCGCAGCUGAGAAGCAUUUCCGUGCCAACAUGGUCCCACCUGGCGGCCUCAGCACAUCGGGCAUCGGGGCGGCACACUCUUCAAAACUGAACGUAUACUGGCACGUGGUCAGCAAGGAUGACACUCUCGAAGGCGGAAAUAUUCCCGACUCCCAAAUCGAAGAAUCCAUCAACGUCUUGAACGUGGCAUACGAGGGUACUGGCCUUUCAUGGCUUCUCGCCAACACCACUCGCACGCUUAACGCUGACUGGUUCACCAAAGUCGGCCCCUCCAACUCACAACAGACAGCAAUGAAAACGGCUCUCAGGCAAGGCGGCGCGGCUGACCUGAACGUUUACUCCGUCGGAUUCCCCAGCUCUGGGUUGUUGGGCUAUGCCACUUUCCCUUCGUGGUACGCCGAUGCUCCUGCGGACGACGGUGUUGUCAUUCUGUAUUCCUCGGUCCCAGGAGGAUCUACUCAGGAUUACAACGGUGGUCAGACCUUGACUCACGAGGCAGGCCACUGGGUUGGACUCUACCACACCUUCCAAGGAGGAUGCAAUGGCGCUGGCGACAUGGUUGAUGACACCGCUCCCGAGUCUUCUCCCGCUUUUGGAUGCCCGACUGGCCGCGACACCUGCAAGUCCGACAGUCUCCCCGACCCCAUCCACAACUACAUGGAUUACACCUACGACACCUGCAUGACCGAGUUCACCCCCGGUCAAAUUGAGAGGUUGCAAGGCCAGAUGAGAACCUAUCGCGAUGUGUCCUUCGAGGCUACCGAGGGGGCCAGCUUCUAA